CGGUCUCCCCGGGCGACGGGCAACGCGCGGAAGAUGGCGGCACUGGUGGCUGCGGAGGCCGCGGCUCCCCCGGGGCCGGCCGAGGCGGCCGAGACGUCUGAGACGGCCGAGGCAGCGGAGCUGAGCCGCGUCCUGAGCCGCCUGUUGCCCGGGCUGGAAGCCGACAGCAAGCUGGGCCGGCGGCGCGCGCUCGAGGCGCUGCAGCGCGCGCUCGAGGCGGCGUGGCCCCAGGCGCCCGACGCCGACCCCGCUGCCGCGGCCGCCGCCUUCCAGGGCCCGUGGGCGCGCCUGCUUCUGCCGCGCCUGCUGCGCUGCCUGGCAGACCCGGCCGAGGGCUGCCGCGCGCUGGCGGUGCACCUGCUGGACCUGGGCCUGCGGCGCGCCGCGCGGCCCCGCGACGCCCUGCCGCGCCUGCUGCCCGCGCUCGCCGCGCGCCUGGCGGGCCCCGAGUCCGCGCGUGGCCGGCCGCCCGAAGCCUGCGAGGAGCUGCGCCUGGCACUCGUGCAGCUGCUCAGCCUGGCCGUGCGCCUGGGGGGCCCCGCGCUCGCGCCCCACCUGGACGAUGCGGUGCGCGCGCUGCGCUGCACUCUGCUCGACCCCUUCGCCGCCGUGCGCCGCGAGAGCUGCGAGUGUGCGGCCAGCCUGGCGCGCGCCACGCCAGACCACUUCCAUAUGCAGUCGGAGUCCCUGAUCGGCCCCCUGAUGCAGAGCAUCUCCCACCAGCACUGGAAGGUGCGAGUGGCUGUCACCGAGGCCACGGGCACUGUGAUCCAGUUCGGCAGCGCCAAGUCGGUAGACGAUGUGCUUCCUCACUUCGCUCAGAGGCUCUUUGACGACGUCCCUCAGGUGCGGCAGGCGGUGACCAGUGUGGUGGGGGGCUGGCUGCUGGACCUGCGCGACCGCUACUCCUUCUUUCACAAGCUCAUCCCGCUGUUGCUGAGCAGCCUCGAAGAUGACAUACCUGAGAUUGCGCUCACGGCCACCAACCUCUGGGAGAAGGUCGGCCUGCAGUGGCAGAGGGAGAAUGAGGAUGACCUCAAGGACAAGCUUGACUUCGCCACUCCCCCUCCAGCCCAUCACCCCUCACCAGAGAACCGCCCCGUGUUGGGCUGUCGGGAGCUCGUCUUCAGAAACCUGUCCAAGAUCCUUCCUGCCGUGUGCCACGACAUCACCGACUGGGUGGUGGGGACCAGAGUGAAGGCAGCGCAGCUGCUGGCGGUGCUGCUGCUGCAUGCCGAGGACCACAUGACGCAGCACCUGGACGUCAUCCUCCGAGCCCUGCACCAGGCGUGUGCCGACGAUGACAGCGCUGUGGUCAGCAACUGCACCAGGUCUGCAGAGCUCAUUGGGGCCUUCGUCAGCCCAGAAGUGUUUCUGAAGCUCAUCUUAUCCAUGCUGAAGAAGUCGCCCUCCCCCUCCAGCCUCCUGGUCCUCGCUUCUGUCAUCCGAGGCUGCUCUAGGGAGGCCCUCCAGCCGCACCUGAAGGUCAUCGCCACGGAGCUGGCCCGGCCCCACAUCUGUCAAGGGUCUGAAAAUCGCCUUUACGGGCAAUGCGUGCUACUCUGCGUGCAGACGUUGGUUUCCGUGUGUCGGGAGGACUGCAGGGGGUGCAGCCUGCAGCUUGUGGAGGUGCUGGUGACCGUCCUAGCCUUCUCAGCUGCCACGGGCCUCAGCGACAAGGUUCAGGAGACCAUGGACACACUGGCCUCGGUGCAGGGAGUGGACGGCAGCCAGGACCUCUACCGAGAGCACGCGGGUCCCCUCCUGGAGCAGCUGGCCGCUUCGCACCAGGACUGGGCCGUCCAUUCCGUGGAGCUCCUGCAGUUCAACGUGCUGCUCACACAUGCAGGCCCAGCCCUGGGAGGAGUGCUACCCCAGCUUGUGCCCACCCUCCGGAGCUGCCUCCAGCCGGCCAGAGACCCCCAGAUGCGCCUCAGGCUCUUCUCCUCCCUAUCUCGGGUGCUGCUGAGCGCCCAGGAGACCGUCAACUCCCAGGGGCAGUUUCACCACUACCUCGACACCAUGAUGAAAGACAUCUUGGUCCCCAAUCUGCAGUGGCAUGCAGGGAAGACUGCAGCAGCCAUCCGCACGGCAGCUGUGUCCUGCCUCUGGGCACUCAUCAGCAGUGACAUCCUGUCAGAGAAGCAGAUGCGGGAAGUGCAGGAGACACUCAUGCCAGACAUUCUAACCACCCUGGAGGAGGAUUCUCAGAGGACACGAUUAAUUUCGUGCCAGAUCAUUAACAAAUUUCUAAAAACCUCCGGCGGCAUGGCUGAUCCAGAGAAGUUCAUCAAGAUUUACCCUGAGCUCCUGAAGCGUCUGGAUGACGUUUCCCAUGAAGUGAGGCUGGCGGCCACCUCCGCCUUGGUCACAUGGCUGGCGUGUGUCCCGAAUGAUGACGGGAAGGCCCACUAUCAAAGCAACAUCCAGUUCCUGUACAGAGAGCUCCUCGUGUACCUCGAUGACCCAGAGGCCGCCGUCCAGGAUGCGGUGUUAGAGGUCCUCAAAGCAGGCAGCAUUCUGUUCCCUGAGCUCCUGGUGAGAGAGACGGAGGCUGUCGUCGAGAAGCACCGCUCCCCUGCCCACUGCCAGCAGCUUCUGAGUUACCUGCAGGCCCUGCCGCUGGCCCAGUGAGCGCGGAGCCCAGACCACGGAGCCAGACCCAGCUCCUGUCCUUCCCACCACAGGAGGGUGCGACCUUCAAACCUCACGAGACACCUGCUAGUUGAUAGCCUGAGACAUUCACGGGCAGGCUCCAAGAGCAAGAAUGUAUUCCCUAAGAAAUGUGCCCAGGGUUCUCCUGAGAUGGAGCUCCAGCCCAGGAGUUUUGGAAAUAAUGUUCACUGUGUUAUUUAUAGUUCUUUGACCACUCUUGCAAAAAUCUAUAGGUUAUUUGAAAUGAAACUUCACUGGCAUCUGCUCACACCGGCAACCUGAUCAGCCUGUUUGUUUCCAAGCUUCAUGCACCUGCUAUGCUCUUGAGUUAGGAUCUCUAACCUAACCCCACCCCACCAAGACUGUUUCUUUAAGCAAAGGUUAUUAAAAAAUUAUUCUUUCCUUGGGUUGUGUUUACUAAAACAGUAUCACAGUGAACAGACUAAAAGGAACUUGAAAUUUUUAUCAAUCAAAUUUUUCCUGUUUAAAAUAUUCUGGAACUCAAAAUGUUAUAUGGAUACAUUCGGUCAUGUUUUUUUCUCCUGUCAGUAAUGCAAACAGUGUUGAAAAUAGAAUACUUAACCAGAUAUAAUUUUGGUUGCUCUCUUAUAAGUAGGAGUAAAGUAUAAUUGGGUUUUAUUCUCUAGCACUUUCUACACCCAAGUGCCUAAAAAAAAUUUUCAUUUUAAAUGGAUAUUAUUUCCAAAAGCCAAAUAUUUAUGUUAACACAGGGGGGUAAAUAUUGUGUGUAUUUUCUAACAACCAGAUGUUAACAUUUAUGCUUAAGUGUUUGAAAAUGUAAUUAAAAAUAUUUAUUAUAA